GGCGCCAAUGAGAUGGUGAAAAAGUGCACUGAUCACCAUCAACACCCGAAAAAGAAAAAGAAAUGCUGGAAUGGAAGGAAGGAGGGAAAGAGAGGACUGGCAGACUGAACCGACUACCCGGCUCAAACAGGGGGGAACGUACACCUGUACUCGGUGUCGAGCGGGUGGUGGUGGUGGGGACGUCAGGUAAUUGUGAACCUCCACAUAUUUCGAGAAACCCACCAGGAGCACCCAGGCAUGAACCCACCAAGUCCUCCAGACCUUCACCCAUCUCUUCGGGGAAUACUCGAGUGCUCGUCUGGGUCUGGAGGCCCUACAAUUUCCACUUCUGAUCCCCGUUGACUCCGCUUUCGACCGGAUGGUGUCUGGCAGAUUUCAUGUGGUUCGGUUUACGUAUAUAAUACGGGGGAGGGAGAGUUACUGGAAGGAAGCAGGAAGGCGAAGGUGUGCUAUUCACAAGAGCCGGACACAGCCAUUUCCCACCAUUGCAGGUUGAUAAUAUUAUCGAUAACGCGGGAUCUCUCAACAUGAUACAAUCAAUUGCCCCGUUGCCCUCGCUCGCUCCUAUUCCUCGCCCUUAGAGUUCCGGGUAUCAUGGUCAUGGCCCUGCGACGUCCUGUUGACGCGCCAAUCUUGCUGGAGUUCCUUUUCGCUACCGGUAGCGAAAGGCGGGGGGAGGAGGAGUAUGAUAAAUGGUCUAUACCAUCUAGUUAUCUGAAUGGUCACUGAAUCCCCCAACUCAGAUCUUCCCACCACCCAUCUUAUCAGCCGUAGACUUCCUCCAGGCAUCAAUUCCUCCUCUUCCUCUCUAGAUAUUUACUUCCCUCGCAAAAACCUCCGGAAAUAAAUCGCUUUUUAACUCUG